GCGGCUGUCAUCGAGGCCCCGCCCCCCGAGGCUGAUUCACUAUGACGUAAAGGAGAGACGUUUCUCCUCGCGCUGCCUGAGACUCCCUGCUGAAUCUGAUUGGAGGAAACAGUCUUAACCCCGCCCACACCGCGCCGCCCACCGCUUCGCUGCCAGAGCUGAUUGACCAAUAGGAACACACCCAGGGAUCCGUCCUGUGCGCAUGCGUAGAGCCAGGAGCAGCGUGUGGAAAGUUUGUGAUGAAAGUUUGGAGAGUUACAGUUCAGUAGGAGAAAAGGAGGAAGAGGAGGAGGAAGAAGAGGAGAAAUAGGAAAAAGAGAAGCUCUUUAUCUCCCGCUGAAGCUCCGACCCGCCGCGGCUCCUCUCCGCUCCCCAGGCCGCCCUCAGCUGUUCCUCCCCCGGCAUGAAGAUCCAGUUCGCCCCGCUGAACGUCCCGCUGCGGAGGCGGCUGCAGACCGCCGCGGUGCUGCAGUGGGUCUUCUCCUUCCUGGCUCUGGCCCAGUUCUGCCUGGCCGCCUUCGUCCUGCUGGCCGUCUCUGAUUGGUGGAUCGCUGCUCUGCUCUAUGCUGGUUGGCUGUGGCUGGACUGGGACACGCCCACCAGCGGAGGCCGGCGCUGCCAUUGGGUCAGGAAGUGGAGCGUGUGGCGCCACUUCAGGGACUACUUCCCCCUGGAGCUGGUGAAGACGGUCGAUCUGGACCCGACCCAGAACUACAUCUUUGGGUUCCAUCCCCAUGGGGUUCUGGUGGCCGGGGCGUUCGGGAACUUUUGCACGGAGGCGACCGGGUUCUCCCGCCUGUUUCCGGGCCUGCGGUCCCACCUGCUCAUGCUGCCGUUCUGGUUCCGAGUGCCGUUCUUCAGGGAUUACAUCAUGUGUGGAGGUGAGUGAGGUUCUACCGGGUCGGGCAGCAGAAGGUCCGAU